AUGUCAAACGAAAAGGAGACAGGACAUGGUUCGAAAAUCUCACUGCGGUUAUGGAUUUUUCCUGAUCAUUGCUUUUUCGAGAAAACAACACUUGCAUUUAUGAUCAUCGCAAUUAUUCUGGAGAUUGUGUCAUUGGGGUGUUUUGUCGGAUUAUUCUCUCCUAGGGCAAGACUCGGAAUGCCAGCAUUCAGUGUAACUGGACUAGCGUUUCUUAGCUUGUUUGUGGCUAUAGUUGUGUAUGGAGUACGGAUGCAGUAUAAAGUCAUGUAUCUCCAAUCCACGUCAUACGAGCUUCUUGCGAAUGUCUACUUGGGAUACUCUUAUUGGAUCGCUGUCAUUGCCGCAAUCUUCCUUCUUAUUUCUUGCAGUCUUUCUGGAACAUUGAUUGGCGCUACUGAAAAUACGGAGCACUUGCAUUGA